CCUAAACAGACACAGGGCCAACGCAUUGUGCUCAGUCUGUUCAAAGUGCUACAUCUCCACUGACCUGGACAAGGCCACACGAAGGUACUCCCGAUUCAGAUAUAACAGCACGACCCGGGCCGAUACACAGCAGCCGGAGCUUGUGUUGCCAUCAGCCGUGCGCUUGCAGGCGGCAGACGAGGGGACGAGAGCUGCGCAAAGCCCCAUCUGUCGGCAGCGGACAGGACGUGAUAUGAAACCCUCAUCCUCAUCGGCUUGAAACACGGCGCAACAGCUCAGAUAAAUAGCCCCGUUUACGGGGAGAGGACAGCAGAGGACCCGAGAGGACAUUGUAACCGCAACCUCCAGUUGGCAGGCCGAGGAGCACGGCGACAUAGCGUAAACAUGCCCGGGUUUGAUUACAAGUUUCUGGAAAAGCCAAAGAGACGCUUUCAGUGUCCGCUCUGCAGCAAGGCGAUGCGGGAACCUGUCCAAGUGUCUACCUGUGGACACCGCUUCUGUGACACCUGUCUGCAAGAAUUCUUGAGUGAAGGCGUCUUCAAGUGUCCCGAAGACCAGCUUCCGUUGGAUUAUGCAAAGAUCUAUCCAGACCCAGAGCUGGAACAGCAGAUCCUGGCCCUGCCCAUCCGCUGCAUCCACAGUGAGGAGGGCUGCCGCUGGACAGGGCAGAUGAAGCAGCUCCAGGGGCACUUCUCUACUUGUGCAUUCAACGUCAUCCCGUGUCCGAACCGCUGCUCUGUGAAAUUGACCCGGCGCGACCUGCCCGACCAUUUGCAGCACGACUGUCCCAAACGCAAAGUCAAGUGCGAAUUUUGUGGUAGCGAGUUCACCGGAGAGGCGUACGAGAACCAUCAGGGCGUGUGUCCCCAGGAGAGUGUUUACUGUGAGAACAAAUGUGGAGCCAGGAUGAUGCGGCGCCUCCUGUCCCAGCACAGCAUGGCCGAGUGUCCCAAACGCACACAGCCCUGCAAAUACUGCGGCAAAGAGUUUGUCUAUGACACAAUCCAGAAUCAUCAGUAUCAUUGCCCUCGGUUUCCAGUGCAGUGUCCGAACCAGUGUGGCACCCCCAACAUUGCCAGGGAGGAUCUGGCCAAUCACGUCAAGGACAACUGCGGCAGCGCACUGGUCCUAUGUCCUUUUAAAGACGCUGGCUGCAAACAUAGGUGCCCUAAACUGGCGAUCGGCCGACACCUUGAAGAUACCACUAAGUCUCACCUGACCAUGAUGUGUAACCUGGUGGGCCGGCAAAGGCAGGAAAUCCUGGAGCUGCGGAGAGAGAUGGAGGAGCUGUCCGUGAGCCAUGACGGGGUCCUGAUCUGGAAACUCAACGACUAUUCCCGAAAACUCCAGGAGGCCAAGAUGAGGAGCAACCACGAGUUCUUCAGCCCACCUUUUUACACGCAUCGUUAUGGUUACAAGCUGCAAGUUUCUGCAUUUCUGAACGGGAAUGGCAGUGGUGAGGGGUCCCACCUUUCUGUGUAUAUCCGAGUGCUACCGGGAGAGUACGACAACCUCCUGGAGUGGCCCUUCUCCUACAAAGUGACUUUCUCAAUUCUGGAUCAGAGUGAUCCGUCGUUAUCCAAGCCGCAGCACAUCACCGAAACAUUCAACCCCGAUCCCAACUGGAAAAACUUCCAAAAGCCAAGCAGCAAUCGCAAUUCCAUGGACGAGAGCACCCUGGGAUUUGGAUACCCCAAGUUCAUCUCCCAUGAGGAAAUCAAGAAACGAAAUUACAUCCGAGACAACUGCAUCUUCAUCAAGGCUUCGAUAGAAAUUCCCCAGAAAAUAAUGGGUUAAAUAUCAGCUAUGUUCUGUGCAUGAAGGAGAGACUUGACCUUUGAACUUUGAUCUUUCAGACUCUUUGAUCCUUUAGACUGCCCUUUUCGGAGCUUGGACCAAAAGGCUGGAAAAGGACCUUGAGGUAUUUGACAGAAGAGAAAGUGUUUGGUCUUUGCAAAAACCAUCACACUCUACUGUUUUCUUUAGUUUAUCUUUGUUGACUUUUAUCACAGUCUACAAUGAAAAACGCCUUGGAAAUCAACCAGUGCCUAGAAAGUUUAUCUUAAGUUAUGCUAUUUUAUUUCUAUAUUCUGCAGUACUAACAUUGAAAGAUUUAUAACAAAAAAAGGUUUGUUGGCUUGUGCACUUAAAGGACAACUCGAGCCUUUUGUUUACAUGCUCAUGAUACUGUACUAAUACUUAAAAUGCAUUGGACUUUGUGUCUAGCUGUGAAACAACCCCAGCUCCACCUUUUGGACCUGCUACUAUGAAAAAAAGUUGAUUCUCCCAUCUGGUACCAUACUUUUAUAGUAGAAAUUGCCAAUACAGGCAAAUGCAUUGAGACAGUGGUUGGAUUUAUUAAGGAAAAGCCAUGCCUUUUUUAUAUUGAGGAAAAUGUGCAGGCCAUUUGUUCAAAAAUCUGCAUGCUUCUCAUGCUAUCACCGGACCACCUUUUGUACUGUACCCUGUAUUCUUGAAAUCAAAAUUCACAACUGUGUUUCUUCUCUUGGUUUAUGUCCUAAAGAGAUACUUUUUAUGUUGUUUGUUUUAUAUAAGUGUUUAUAACCUUGAAAUCUUUUGAGUACUUUUGACUGUUUUGAGUUUAUGGAUGGUGCAAGCAGGCAGUACAGCGGAGAUGCGAGGACAGUAGCCCUGUUACACACCUGGACUAAAAGGACUAUAUUCUCUUAUAUGUGAAUACAAAUGUACAAAACAGAAGCACAUUCUGUCUUUUCUUCUACAUGAAUCGACCCCUGAUUUCUUGUCAUGAUACCAGCUGAUAUUUUACAGUCAUUUAAAAAGUGCAAAGAUUAAAAAACAUUUUGUAAGAUGCUGUAUUUUUAAAAAUGCUUAGCUGUUUUAUACCAACAUGUUUUUGUUUUGUUGGAGAUUCGGGUUGGGGAUUUUCAAAACCCUUUAGUCUCUCGUCUGUGCGGUUCCAACCUCACAUAUGGUAUUCUUUCUGUAUUAUUUCCUCUAAAAAGUAUUUAUUUUAAGGAGCCAUCUUGUGAGAUUUGAACAGAUGGCAAUAAUGUUUUAAUAUGUUGAUCGAGGAGUGCUUGUCAGUUUCUGAACUGAAAUAAAGUACCAUAUAUUAUG